AUGGAUAGCAUAUACAAUUUAACUUACGACAACUUAACAUACGAUGAUACGGAAUUCCUAAACUGCGAACUCAAUUUAUCGUUUAUCGCUAUAAUAAAUCAGAUACUCUACUCCAUCGUUUGUAUUGUUGGACUUCUUGGGAAUACUUUGGUCAUUUAUGUUGUUCUACGCUUCGCGAAUAUGCAGACAGUCACAAAUAUGUACAUUGUGAACUUGGCGAUCGCGGACGAGUGCUUCCUAAUUGGUAUACCAUUUUUAGUAACAACGAUCAGUUUACGUGGCUGGAUCUUCGGUAAUAUUAUGUGCAAAGUGUAUAUGAUCACGACAAGUAUCAAUCAGUUUACCAGCAGCAUCUUUCUACUCAUCAUGAGUGCCGAUCGCUACAUCGCUGUGUGCCACCCGAUUUCAUCCCCGAAGAUGCGCACGCCUUUCAUCUCAAAAAUAAUUUCGCUUUCUGCCUGGGUUACUAGCGCUCUCUUCAUGAUACCGAUAUUUCUUUAUGCAAACACCAUGGAAUAUACAGAUGGUGUUGUCAGUUGCAACAUUUAUUGGCCUAACGAUCACGGUGGUCAUACUACUUUUACGCUUUACAUGCUUAUCUUCAGCUUCAUUAUUCCCUUGAUAUUCAUAUUGGUUUUCUAUUUACUGGUGAUCAAAAAACUGCGAACAGUAGGUCCAAAGAAUAAAUCAAAAGAGAAGAAACGAUCACAUCGAAAGGUCUCCAGGCUGGUCUUAACUGUUAUCGUUGUAUAUGUCUUCUGUUGGUUACCUUAUUGGGUCACUCAAGUGGCCUUGAUAUAUACUCCGCCAAAACAAUGUCAAACCAAUAUUAGUAUUGCAAGUUUUCUGCUAGCUGGUUUCCUGAGUUAUAGCAAUAGUGCUAUGAAUCCGAUUCUAUAUGCUUUUUUAAGUGACAAUUUUAAAAAGAGUUUCCUGAAGGCAUGUAAUUGUGCUGCUGGAAAGGAUAUUAAUGCAACACUAAACGAAAAUAGCGUGUUUCCAAGAAGGAAAAUUAAUGGUGACAGAUUACAACCUGAUCGAAUGAUAGCAGCUGGAUCAUCUAGAAUGGAUUUUGACGAUGAAGAGACGGACAGAGGACUUCUUAGCAAGACCUCCACCACCACAGUGACGAUGACAUCGAGAUCAAACAUCGAGAUCACAGUGAGCAGCGAUCACAGAGAUCUGACACAAAAGAAUAAAGAUUUAAAUAAGAAUGGUGCGCAAUUAACUCUGUUGACGCAGGUUUGAGCGUGAUUACAAUAUA